UAGUUGUGAUUAGUUUGACAAAGUUUUGUUUGUUUUGCAUACACUUUUAACAAUUUUUUUAUUUUUUAAACCCAAUUAAUAUAUAAGUUAUGUGUACAGUUUACUAGAAUUGUAAUUUAUCCACUGGAAAAUGAAACCUAAGUUUAAGAGCAAAAGUGUACCAUCACAGCCAAACAAGAAGACUGCUAAAAAGCCACCCCGAAAGAAAAACAAGCAAAAUGUUACAUUGACACAGUCCGAUUUGCUCAAGCAGAAAGCCGCAGCGGAGCCCGAUAAGAGCUCUCAAACAUCUGGGACUGCUAAAACGAAGGCUAAAAAGACGGAUCGAUCGUCGGAGUACGUUAAGCUAGACAAUCAAUACAAAUGUGCUAACUGUCCCUAUACAACAGACCGCAUUAUCAGCAUAAGAACCCACUUUGAUAAGGAGCAUAGCACAAGUACCUUGAAGUGCAGCUUGUGCCCAUUUGAAACCAAACAGCAGUACUACUUUAACAGCCACGUAAAGAACCAUGACAUACCGGACAAGGAGUGUCCGCACUGCAGGCGAAUGAUCAAAGCAUUCAGCUACAAAAUGCACAUCAAAGUGCAUGAGCGCAAUGACCAAACAGAGUACAAAUGUUCCUUUUGCAACUACCAGAGCUACAAUCAUGCCAACGUUAAACGACACACUGUGACUUCACAUAAAAGCACUGAAGAACUCUCGCUGUUCUAUUGCGAUAGUUGUAGCUAUGUGACUGUUUUGGAAGAGCGUCUCAAACGGCACAAAUUGCAAAUUCACUUAAAACAAGGCGUUUGGAUCAGCUGUUCAGAAUGCGAAUACACGACCAGAAACAAGGGCCAUAUGAAGAGGCAUCAAACAAAGCACUCUGAAAAAACUGUUAAAUGCCAGCAAUGUCCGCAGCUGUUUGGCAGUCAAGAUCACUUGCGUUGUCAUAUUAAACGCAUGCAUUCCAACGAGGACUCAAAAACGUACUACUACUGUGAAAUGUGCCCAGAUGAAGAACGUUACAAGACAACGGAGAAAGGAAACCUGGCUAGGCACAUUUUAGCUCAUCGAACGCUGGACGAGGUGGAGGCUUUCGCAUGUCACAAGUGCUCUUACAUGGGAAAGUCGAGGAAUGCACUAAAAACUCACCUGAUCAAUGCCCAUCUGCCCGAAAUGCACAACUUUAAGUGCCCGAUUUGCGGCUAUUCGACCAAUGUAAAAUCGCGCUUCAGGUGCCAUUUAAAGGAGGUGCAUGGAAAACCCAAAGGAAAAAACACAGUGUCUGAAGACACAACUCUAGAGCAGGACUUGCAGGAAAACAAUCAUUUGGACAUGAUUGUAAUUAAAGAGGAAGGCGUUGAUUUGGAUGAGGACAAUGUGAGUUUUACAGAAGAAGCUUGAUUAAUUUCAGGUCAAAAAUAUCAAGAGCCUUUUCAUGAAGACAAUCAGAUACUACAGGGAAGUUAUUGGAAUUUUCUAAUAAACAUAAUUAUAUUAAGGAAUGCGUUACAUAAUUCUAAUAAAAUACAACGAAUACGUACAUAGGAAUGGACUUGAAACAGAUAAAAAGAAACGUUUCAUACAAGUAGUACAUACUUUCAAACAUUCGUCCAAUCAGAUCUAUUUAACUAACAUAGGUAACAUCUGGAUUGAUCACUGGGGGGCGCAUGUUAUUACUAAAUUAAGGAAUUCCUUGUAAUAUCAAAAGAAUUUGUUCUGCGGCGAUUAGUUUGGAUUAUGCACAAUAACUGUAGGUAGUGGCGACAGUAAUAAAGAAGUAUUUUGUAAAAAUC